UAGAGAAUGGCGGCUGCCGCCUGCACUGCCGUUAACAACACCGCGGUUAACAACACUACCAACCCGCAGAAACAACACCGGAGGAAAAGUAGAGAUACGCGGCGGAGACAAGCAGCUCUCUUUUUCCUUAGUAACAUUUCACUAGAUGGACGGCCAGUACAACAGACAUACCAUGGAAACCGAGACGGCGAGUUGUUUGGGGGCGAUAUCGGGGCGACAGUGGCCGGGAUGUUAACGGUGUCUAGCUAUGGGACCUUCACUAACCUACCAACGUCUGUGAGCUGCGGGACCGUUGGGAACGUUAGCGCCGUUCCGGGACUCGGAGUCAUCACUGUCCCGCCUAUCCUCGUUCUGCCUUCGGACUCGUUCAAUGAUGGGACAACGGAGGUAUUUCUGGAGAGGCGAGAAGGAUCGUUUUCCUCACAGGGAAACCUCCUCUCUCCCUCGGGUCUCCUUCCUACUCCCCUCGGACGGCGGAAGUCCUCCACAUUGCUGUCGGUCCAGAGUUGUAAUUCGGUGACUUCGGAAUCGGGACGAAGUCGGACUCGUAACCUGUUGGGCUCCCCCAGACAUCGCCCUGCGAAGAAGGUCCACUUCAUCAAGAACAUGAGACAAUACGACACACGAGGCAGCAGGAUCGUGUUUAUCUGUGCCAAGCGUUCUCUGUGUGCAGCCUUCUCAGUGUUACCCUAUGGAGAGAGCUUUCACAUCAGUGACCCCAAGUUGGACAGGUAUUCAUCAGGGAACAUCUCUACCAGUCUGGAGAUGAUGCCUGGACUGGAAGGGUUCGAACUGGAGCCCUACGGCAAGACGGUGUCAUAUGCCCAGUUUCUAUACCCAACCAACGCCCUGGUCCGCCAGAAGACCCCCUCGGUGGACAUUACCCUCCAGGUGCCCCUCAACCAGGUGACCCGGAACAGAAACUACACCCCAACCAGGCUAAACAGCAACGUGGGACUGGACCUGGGUGUGGAUGACGCAUCAGACUAUGACCCCAACCUUCUGAGUGACCCCCAGUGGCCCUGUGGGAAACACAAGAGAGUCCUGAUCUUCGCUUCAUACAUGACGACAGUGAUAGAGUACGUGAAGCCGUCUGAUCUGAAGAAGGACAUGAACGAGACGUUUAAAGAGAAGUUUCCUCAUGUCAAGCUGACUCUCAGCAAGAUCAGAAGUCUAAAGAGAGAGAUGCGUACGGUGGGUGACGACUGCGGCCUGCAGGCGGUCACCGUGGCGAUGGCGUUUGUUUACUUUGAGAAGCUGGUCCUGCAGGGGCGACUCAACAAACACAACAGGAAGUUGGUCUCUGGAGCCUGCGUGCUGCUCGCCGCUAAGAUCAGCAGCGACCUCAAGAAGCAGGACGUCACUCAGCUCAUAGAUAAACUAGAGGAGCGUUUCCGUAUCAGUCGGCGGGAGUUGAUCCCGUUUGAGUUCACUAUCCUUGUUGCCCUGGAGAUGGCUCUGUACCUGCCUGAGAGAGCCAUCAUGCCACACUACCGACGACUGGUGCAGCAGAACUAGGGCCACACCCACUGCUGCACCCACGUGGACAGGAGCCACGCCUACUAGGGUCUGGAGGU